AUGGCCGAUCCAAUUACAGAUUUAAGACAAGCCGGUGAAGCUUGGUCCCCACAAUUUAUUGACCAUUAUAGUCAGGAAUGCUCUGUAUCUUCGGAACCUAAUCAGCUUUAUGAUCUUCUGUUUGAAGGGGUCGGUCCGUCGAGCGCGGGGCACGUCGAGGGGCUGCUGGACAGUAACCUAGCCUGGUCCGAAGAAAGAACUCCUACCCUGAAUUCGGAACCAGCGGGCGGUUGCAAUUCCCCUGCAGCUAAGCUCGCGGCACCCUUUCUGCCGUGGAUGUUGGCGCCAUAUGAAGAGUUCCAAACCGAUUGGAGCUCAGUUCCUGGGAGUUUAACGACUUUCGAUAUGCCGACACCAAAGCAUCAAGAAACCACCACGGCGGUGGGAUUAUCCUCUUAUAAGCCAGAUCUAGCGCCUCCAGAACCUCGAAGCCCCGCUCAAAGCAUUGGAAUAGAAACUGGUAGUCAUACUUUGAACUGGACGUCGCACAAUCCCUCCUACGACGCCAAUAUCAAAAUUCCCAAGCUCAUUGCCGCACAGGUGAAGGAUUUUGAAGCGCCAGUUCAACUUCCACCACUGAAAGAUCUACUAAAAAAUGCGACAACCCCAGUCGAUACUGGUGUGAGCUCGGACUCGGGGAUGACAUUUACUGUAAAAAAUAAAAUGUUGCUGCAGUCUGUUCUCGAACCGAAAGACCAUCAAUUAUACGUUCACGAUGCACACGAUGGUACCGCGGCGGGGUCCCAUUUGUCACCUCGUGCCGAGAUUAGUAUACUUGAUGGUCCCGAAAAUUCUGAUUCAAAGAUUAUUCCCGAUCCUGAGGUCAGCGAGCUCCAGUCAGAAGUAGAGCGUGCCAGUACACCAACGCCAGAUAGUAAUGAACGCGCCGAUCUACCGAAAGAAAUUAAACCUGAAAUUGUACCUUAUGAAGGGCAACCUCCGACAAGUGGAUUGGAACUUGCAACGAUAGAUAGCAACGGUGAAGAGAAUACGUUAGAAAUCAGCACAGUUGCCGGCACUGAACGGGAGGCAACACCUAUACCCCAGAUCUCUACCGAGGUUAUAGAUUUAACUGAUACGAAGUCGGAAAUCGGCGAUCCCGAUGAUAUAAAAGAGGAAACAAGCAGGCGGUGUGAUGCCUCCAAUAAGAUGGUAGAUCCGAUCAAAGUUAAUAAGAACAAAAGAAAACGAAGCAAUAGGUCCAACCUAGCCUCCAGUUCUGGAGCUGGUAGCUCGCCUCGGGAAACUAGACCUCUCAAAAGAAGGAAGAGGGUAGAUUCGGUGCAGGACCUCCACCACACGCCCGUGGCAGGAACAGAAUUUGUUGUUAUGGAAUUUCCAGAAGGGCCCGUGUACAUGAAACGCAUCCGAUUAGCUGACGGAUCUACCUCAAUGAAAAUGGCGAGUGAGAAGGAGAUAGAAGCUUUCACCAACGGAACACCAGCACCUUUAGCCACGGUACAAUGCGGGAAAAUUUUAAACCACUCUCAGGGCGAAGGGGGUCUCAAGUCCAGCUGCGUAUUGACAUACACUUGGCGGUGGCAAGAUGGAAGCGAAAUCGAGAUAGAGGAGAAUGGAUUGGAUGCUGGGCUACUCAAAAAAUAUUGGAAAAAGAAGGGCCCGAAUGAUAGCCGAUUUUACUACUGUUUUGUGCCAAAUCCAUGUCAAAUUUGCGAUCCCAUUUUGGAGAUACUCAGAUAG